AAAAAAUCCAGGAGCUAUAUUUUGAAAAGCAACGUUUUUUUAAAACUUGUUAAUGUAUCUAAUAUUGUUUACUGCAGCGUUUGCAAUUCACGGCACUAGUUGUCAAGAAGAUUUUUGGUCAGAAUGGCAGGAAUGGUCGGCUUGUAUUGAAUCUAACGGUAGUGAAGUGAUGAGUAGAAAACGAUUAAGUAUAUCAAAGUUGUAUCCUAGCAACAGUAUAGAAGUAAAAGAUUGCUAUGGUGACAAAAUAUGUAAAGAAUCUGUCUUUAUUAAUCAAACUAUACAACUGUCACAACUAAGUGUUCUAGCAACUUUAAAAAAUUUCUACAAAGAUUUUGUUUUAUCAUUUGAAGUCUACACCCCGAAAUCUAAGAAAGAGUUAAAUGGUAACAUUGUUCAGUUGCUUGAUAGUGACUACAACGAAUGUUGUCCUUUGGCUCACUAUUUCUCCGGACGCUUAAAGAUAUAUUCAGGAACAGGCAGUCAAUUCUUUGUGUCAAAGCAAAGAGUUGAAGUAAAUAAUUGGCAUUCAGUUCAAGUUCAACAAACUUCUAUAAAUGACAAGUACAACAAUAUUAUCACUAUAAAUGGGAAAGUUGUAACUUCCACGGUUAAUUAUGAACCGCAGGAUCUUUUUAAUAUCACUAUGUAUGCAUGUCUUGAUCCCUGUCCAGCAGGAGCAAUUAGAAACAUAAACAUAAGCAGUGAGACCAAAGGAAUUUGGUAUCAUUGGAGUGGUUGGACUACUUGUGAUAAAAGUGGGAAGACUAAAAGAUCGCGUCUUUGUGAUAACUCUUGUGGAAAAUGUGUUGGAAAUAAUACUGAAACAAUUUCUUGCCCCAAAUAAUCACCUAUUUUUUAACUUUUAACUUCUAAUUUCUUCUUAUUAUAUAAAAAUAGCCAUAAAUACAUUUGUUUAAUAUAUCCAUAAUGUAUUAAAAUAACUCCAAGUUUAAAUAAGUUAUUUUAAUUUGUUUGAAAAAAGAGUCCAAGAAAACAUUGUUGUCCUCUUUUAUUUGAAUUGUUCAUUUGUACUUUUUAGAUUUACAUCGUUUUAUUUGAGCCUUUUAUGUAUGAAGCCAUUCGUCUGAACUUUUUAUUAUGUCCAUUUUUAUUUGAACUUUUUAUAUAUGCACCCUUUUUAUUUGAUCAUUUUAUACUUGCACACUUUUUGGUUGUUAAUCAUUUUAUAAAUGCAUUCAUCUAUUUGAACUUUUUAUAUUUGUAUCCUUUUUGUGAUAUAAUUGCGCCUUUUUAUUUGAAUUAUUUAUUCAUAUAUAAUAUUAAAUAAACCUUUAUACUUUUUUUUUUCAGAAAAAAGUUCAAAAAUGAUUUUUUGGACGUUAUGAAGCUGAUUUUUUAAUAAAUAUCAUAUCUAUAUUGUAUAUUAAAUAACGUAUGUGUGUGUGUGUGUGUGUGUGUGUGUGUGUGUGUGUGUGUGUGUGUGUGUGUGUGUACGUAUAUAUUUAUAAAUAUAACCAAAAAAGUGUGUGUGUACGUAUAUAUUUAUAAAUAUACACUCACAGCCAUUAAAAAUAUGACAAGUUACUACAUAAUAAUCAAUACUAAUGUUCUUUGGAUUUUAAUAUAGAAGUUGUAAAACAAUUAUUGAUUUUUUUACUAAAUUUGACGACGAAUAAAAACUGUGUUCACAUUACUCUGUAUUUACAUCUUAAGUCGAGCGUUACACUAUUAAGUGGAGUGUUAGUCAAACAAAUUCAAUAACGUUAUUUCAAUUUUGGAUAUUUUUAAAAGUUCAUCAAUAUUUAUACUAACACAAUAAAUGAAAAUAAAAAAAAAUAAUAUAGAUAAAAUUAAUUUAAAUUAUGUUUUUGAAGAGCUUUUUAAGUUAUUAAGUAAAAAAAAAAUUUUCAACUUGUGGGUUUGUUUGAUUUAACGGAAAGUUUACAACUUAUAUGUAUUAUAUUAAAUAAAAAGAAUUUUAUAGAGUAGGUAAAUGUCUAUAAAUUGUAAACUCCUAUGUAAAUUGUAUCUUAUAAAUUCUUAUAAAUUGUAAAUUCUUAUAAAUUGUAAAUUCCUAUAAAUUGUAAAUUCCUAUGUAAAUGCCUAUAAAUUGAAAACUCCUGAUUUGUGAAAGUUUUUAAAUAUUAAUGAAAAAUAUGUGUAAAUAUAAUUUAUAAAAGAUUUUACACAUUUUA